UAGCAAUUGAAUGGCACGAGAAAGCCUUAAAAAUUGCUGAAUCUUUAGCAGAUAAUGAUCAAAACGUGUCUUUUUGUUACCAUAAUUUGGCUACUGCAUAUAACGACAAAGGUGACUAUGACACAGCACUGAAAUACUACAACAAAUCAUUAGAAAUACUCAAAAUGAUUUAUGGUGAUGAUCAUCUAGAAGUGUGUGAUUUAUACUAUAACAUUGGUAGUAUGUAUGACGAUCAAAAGAAAUAUAGACAAGCACUUACGAAUUUCAAUCGUGUAUUAAGAAUUCGUCAAAAACAUCUGCCAUCAAAUCAUUAUAAAAUUGCAGACGUACUUGGCAGUAUUGGUGCUGUACAUGAAAAUAUGUGUAAUUUCGGCAGAGCAUUAGAGUGUUAUGAAAAUGAACUUGAAAUUCAAUUAAAAUCAUUACCAUCGACACAUCCAUCGGUUAUUCAGACACAAGAAAAUAUUCAAGAAGUCAAGCAGAAACUGAGGUAA